UGCUACCCACCUGGAGCGCUGGCUGCAACACUACCAGCCCAGCCAGUUGCACAUUGUGGAUGGAGCCCUGCUGCGGACCAACCCAGCUCUGGUGAUGGAGGGAAUCCAGAGAUUCCUCGGUGUCACUCCCAUCUUCAACUACACCCAGGCUCUAAUGUAUGAUGACAGCAAAGGUUUCUGGUGUCAGCGAGUGGAAGGAGGUCGAGCUAAAUGCCUGGGGAAGAGUAAAGGCAGGAAGUACCCAGAGAUGAGUCCUGAGUCGCGUGCCUUUCUGGCUGAGUACUACCGUGAGCACAACAUGGAGCUGCUGCGUCUGCUCAAUCGACUGGGACAACCGCUGCCAUCCUGGCUCCGCCAAGAACUCCAGAGCACCAGCUGGAGCUGAGGCCAUAAGCUCACAGAUAGACAGACAGACAGACAGACAGACCACAGAGAAGCCGGGACUGGAGUCUGUGGAUGAGCCAACACUUGGCUCUGGGUUAGACUGAACUACCUAAUCUGGAAUCAACAGCAGCACACACUAAAAGAGCUACCGGGUUUUAGCUGAUGUUACUGGUGCUCCUGUUCAAUGGCAAAGAGAAGACAGCAUGAGAUCUUUCUGAAAGUGUUGGUCCC